AUGCGAAUUUUGAUCAUUGGUGGGGGAGUAUGUGGGCUGAGCACCUACCUUGCCCUUUGCAAACAUCUGCCCAAGAACCAGAACCACUCCCUUGUUAUCUAUGAAGCCCACGACCUCGCGCCAUAUGUCAAGGCGGUCGCUGAUAAUCAGGAUGGGCAUCCACCAGAGCCCACCGGCAAGGCCGCUCAGAACGAAACGAACAUAGCUGCACCCGGAAAGGUUGACGACGAACAGCCAGCGGCGUUCACGCCUGAAAUCAUAGGAUCUGCCAUCGGCAUCAUGUAUAACGGGCUGAAAGUCUUGUCUCGUAUAGCCAGUCCAGGACCAUCAGGGUUGACCGAAUCUCAAGCUCCUGAUAUCCAAUCAGGUCGCAAUGCAGGUUUCUCAGAGCUCAUGGCAGACGUCCUGCGCGCAGGCCACCCAAUCACCACUUGGAACAUGUCUGCCGCUCGUGGUUGGAAACUCAUCGAGGUAUCCAUGAGGCCAUCGUCCAUGCGGAGCAAGUCCACGAAGGAUAGUGACCAGCUGCAACGCGGAGUCACUGGAAUAAUGAUCUCGCGCCAGGAAUUUUGGCAAACUUUGCUCACGGAGGUCGUGCGUGUGGCUACCUCAGACUAUGGAUGGGGCGGCGUUGGCCAGGUACUCAAGCAAGGCCGCGUCACGCAGGUAGACUGGGCCGAACAAGAUCUUGACUCGUCCACAGCUGCGUCAACCCAAUCAGAAGUAGUCUUUGUGACCUUCGAGGACGGUCGAUGUGAGGCGGCUGACCUAGUCAUUGGAGCUGAUGGAGUGAGGUCUACGGUCAGGAAGGCAAUGUUCGAACGCUGGCAGUCUCCAACCGAUAAGAUGAGCAAACCGUCUAUCUCGCGUAGGGCGGAAGUGCCAGACUAUAUUUCUCCCAGGUACGAAGGGCUGAAGACCGGCAAGAUGGGAAUCGUUUUCGGGGCGAACGGUUUUUUUGGGUACGGGUACAGCUCCUCACUACACCGAGAUUUUCCAGGUAGGCCGACACUCGACAACGUGCCCUCGCUUGUUGAGCCUGGCACCACAGCGGUGUGGUGGAGUACUUUCGCGUCGACUGUCGAGAACCCAUACCCGGUCUCUGAUCCACAACAGAACGGCAAGCGUCCUCGCCCAUGGGACUUCGAUCGCAUAGCAGCCCUUGCGGCACUUCUUCAACGCCAUCGUGGGUGGAACAAUCCGGCGAUUCAGGCAAUCCUGGACUAUCUCGAGAGUCGUCCGGAAGCUGUCGAGGGCUUCUACCCGACCUGGACUGCACCACUGCUUCCUACGUGGCACAUAGGACCAGUGCUGCUGGUAGGAGACGCAAGUCAUGCCUUGCAGCCCAGCUCGGGACAGGGUACAUCCCAGGCUCUUGAAGAUGCAGAGGCGCUUGCUAUCUGCUUAAGCCACUACUACCGCCCACUGUCAUCACCUGUGACAGAUGAUGAAGUCUGGCGAAUGCAGACUGAAAAAGCGUUGAAGUCGUUUGAGAAGGUCCGGAUGCCACGAGUGCGCGAGCAGUACGACAGGAGCCAAAGAAUGGGAGGCAUGAAGGGUAAUAUGAGUGUUGUCACGGAAAUGAUGAUGUACGGUGCGGUAAAAUUGAUGGGGAUCUUAGGUCGACUGUUUGGCGGAGACAAAGCUCUUGACGGUUUACUGGCAUAUGAUCUGCCGUCCGAAGUCCUGAAAGUGCUGGAGGUAGAGGAGGCGGCGGAUCGGAACUCAUAG